AAGAAUAUAUGUGCGUAGUAGUGAAAAACGUACAUCUGCAAUGAGAGAAAUAAUUCAUGUUCAAGUUGGACAAUGUGGCAACCAAGUCGGUUCCAAAUUUUGGGAGGAAAUUUCUCAAGAACAUGGGAUAAGCAGCGAUGGGAAAUACAGAGGGAAUGAAGACAUCCAAUUGGAGCGGAUCGAUGUCUUUUUCUCUGAGGGUCACGCUGGUUCUUAUGUCCCUCGGUCGUGUAUGGUGGACCUCGAACCCGGGACUAUAGAUGCAAUCCGUGGCGGACCUUAUGGUAAAAUGUUCAGACAGGAUAAUUUUGUCUUCGCACAAAACGGUGCAGGAAACGUUUGGGCGAAAGGUCAUUACACAGAGGGAGCGGAGCUUGUUGAUGAAGUACUGGAUAUCAUGAGAAAAGAGGCAGAAAAUUGCGAUUGUCUCCAAGGUUUCCAGUUGCCGCAUUCUUUGGGCGGUGGGACCGGAUCGGGAAUGGGCACAUUAAUAUUAGAAAAGAUCUCGGAGGAGUUUCCAGAUCGUAUGAAAUGCUCCUAUUCCAUAUUUCCGUCAUCCACAGUCUCCAACGUGGCACAGGAACCUUACAAUGCAGUGCUUGCCCUUCAUGAACUUCUUGAGCAAUCAGAUCAAACUUUCUGCAUCGAUAACGAGGCUCUCCAAAAGAUCUGCUUAAAGAAUUUGAAAAUCCCGAACCCGAAUUACGGAGAUCUUAAUCACCUUAUUUCCCAUACGAUGUCCGGUGUAACGGCGUCUUUACGAUUUCCAGGGCAACUAAAUUCGGAUUUGCGAAAACUGGCCGUCAAUAUGAUUCCAUUUCCGCGUCUUCACCACUUCAUUCCAGGAUGCGCUCCACUGACCGCCCGGAAUUGUGAGCAGUUUAGGGCACUCAGUGUUGCGGAACUUAUCAGGGAAGUGUUCGAUUCGCGGAAUAUGUUGACAGACUGUGACCCACGGCAUGGUCGGUAUUUAACAGUAGGCACAAUGUUCAGAGGCCGGAUAUCUAUGAUGGAGGUUGAGUCAAAACUCAUUCAAACCAGAAAUAAAAUGUCCAACCACUUUGUGGAAUGGAUACCAGAUAGCAUGAAAUUAGGGGUAUGUAAUGUCCCACACACGGAUUCCAAGCUUUCAGCUACAUUUAUCGGUAACAACACUGCAAUUCAAGAAAUAUUCCGGCGCAUCGUUGAUCAAUUCCAUGUCAUGUUUCGACGAAAAGCAUACCUACAUCACUACAUUAAUGAAGGUAUGGAUGAAAUGGAGUUUACGGAAGCCGAGUCGAACAUAAAAGAUUUGAUAUCCGAGUAUCAGCAAUGUGAAAGCAUGGACGUCGUGGAUGAAGAUCCGCAGGUAGGAAAUGACGAACACGAAGAUUGCUGACGCUAUAUGUUCGGACGAUGAGAAAUAAGGUUUAAAACUGUACAAGAGAAAUAAUGUUAAGGAGAUGCAGACCUUAGUAUGUAUUACUAAUAUAAUAAUAUUAUGUUUUCAGAUGUUUUCUAAUUUUUGUCAAACAGGUCUAGGGAUUAAAAGCAUUUUAAGUAUUUUAAAGAAAAAUUCCUGCAAUGGUGCUAUUGACCGUUUUUGAUUAUAAUAAAUUUUGCUGCUCUAUCAAU